AUGCCGAAGACCGCUGUCUUCACGACCAUCACGCCUCUUCCAACGGGCAUCACCAGGAAGAGCGUGAUAGACAUGUACCAUGACCAUCUGGCCAUGAUUGACCUGAACCCCUUGGUAGUAGAAAGGUUCAUGUGCAAGCCUCCUUCAUAUGCGCCCACAGACGAGUACUGGUCUAUGUGGUACACCAUCAAAGACAAAGUCUCAUACCUACCAGGCAAACUCGCACAAGGCUCAGUCUCCUACCAUGCCUGCUUCCACGACACAGCCGAUGGCCUCGAGACACACGUAUACGCGCCGCUAGGCCUCGACAUCCGGGCAAAGUGGAGCGUAGGAGGAAGACUGCCCGGCGAACCAAAGCCCCCCACAGAGCCCGACCUCAAGGUACCACGGCACGGACUGUACAUUCGGGAAGAUGUCAGGAUGACAUGCUCAUCACUCCUGUUGAGCUUUGUCAAGAGAACCUUCAAGGACUCACAUGGGGAGCUAGUUGACAAGCUGGUCGAAAGAGCGCACAUUCUGGAAUCCAACCUCGCAAACGAAAGACUACAAGCACUGCGAAAUAUUGACCCAGGCGAGCGCAUGGGUCACGGUGACAUCUUCAUCGCGCCACCACCAGACUACCACCUGUCUCCCACUCACAACCUUCAAGUCCCUUCACCACGCUAUGCCACACACUUCAGGAGCCAAAGCGACCCUGUCCUCUCUCCUGGCUUUUCUUCUUCCUCGACGCUCAACGAACACAGCGAUGCCUCGCCCAGAGAAGCUGAGCGACCUACAUCGUUCACUUUUGUAAAGGAAGAGAAGGAAGUCUCGUCUUCUGCGCCUGAGCAAAACUCCUAUUUGCUCCCUGCGACUACGUAUGACGGUGGUUUCUCGCAAAAGAAACAAAGGCCUGCUUCACUAGGUCCUGUCAGCCCGCUUGGUCGAUGCUCCGAGGCAUUCAUCUCUGAGCGCAUGAUCUCGCUCAUGCCACUCAGCCCACGUUCCCCAUACCCCCCAUCGCAACACAAGCCAAUCUCUUCGCUACACGCACCCAGGGUUUCAUAUACAGUGGAAGAACGACCAAUCUCUUUUACCUUUCCCUUCGACCCCAAGCAACCCUUCGACCGCAAGUCGACCACCGAAACCACUCACUCGGAUCAGAACAACCUCCUCGACGACAUCGACGAUGCGAUCGACGAAUUCAUGUACACAUUACCUUCAUCUACAUUCCAGACACUGCCUGCAACGACGUACUCACCCGAGCCGACGCUGUCCAGCGCGAGAUAUACCCCGGAACCUACAUUGUCCAGCGCGACGUAUACACCCGAACCCAAGCUUUCGAGUGCAAAGUACUAUGAUCCGAGACACCAGCGAAAGGACUCGGCUAUGCCUUCUCAAACAUCAUCUGAGGAUGAUGAGCGCCCACCUGUACCACUCAAGGAUGACAAGUACCGAAAGGGCAGCAUCCGGUUCUAG